CGCCGAUGAACGGGGAGAGGAUGCUCGUAGUAAGGACUAUCAACCUAACUUACCUCUGUUACUUAUUGUUAUCUGCGCCCUAGACGCCACUCAUCAACCAUCUUCAGAGGGUCUUCUCGGGUACAUGACCUGCUGCGUGCCCCGUCACAACAUAUUGUGAAAUGCAGCCGCAUUGUGCUUUUCUGUCGAGUUUGCUUGUCCAGCUUUCCAGUAGGACAAGAGGAAAUAUGGCUAUGUCCAAGUCAUCAUUCGCAAAAAGGCCUUUCUCUCUCAAACGCGCUUUUGGGUCCUUAACGGCGCAUACGUCCACUUCGCAACGAAGAAUCGUCUCUGCUCGGUGGAAGCAGGUUCUCGGUAACCGCAACUUCCUUUCCGACUUCUCCCACUCUCAGCAACCGUUUCGUCGGUUCUUCCAGUCGUCCCGCACAAGAUACGCGGCGCAACCGCAACAGCCAGGGGUUUCGUUGUCGCAGCGGUUGCGCAACCUUUCCAAGGAGUAUGGCUGGUCUGCUUUGUGGGUCUAUCUGCUAUUGUCAGCAAUGGACUUUCCGAUUUGUUUCGCAGCUGUCCGCCUGCUUGGUGUAGACCGUAUCGGCCAUUAUGAGCAUGUCAUUGUCGAGUCUGUCAAGGGAGUGGUAGAUACUGUCUGGCCGAUCACGCAGGAUGUCAACGAGAACUCCGACCAGAAUAAGGCACUGACAAGCCGUCCGGAAAGCCAGGAGGAUGCGGCAAAGACGCAGGACAAUGGCGAAAAUGCUAGCUUAUGGACCCAACUUGCACUUGCCUACGCGGUCCACAAGAGUCUCAUCUUCAUCAGGGUGCCGUUGACAGCAGCCAUUACCCCCAAAGUCGUCAAAGUCCUGCGACAGUGGGGUUAUGAUAUUGUCAAAGGCAGACCCAAGGGUCUGUAAGGUCUUGGGAUUCCUCGUGGAUUCCAGCCAGAUCAGAAAAUCCGUGACCACAUUCUUUUUGCUGCAUAGCGAACAGGCAUGCUAGACAUGAGAUCAUAAAUACCUGUAUACUAUUAAAUACCUGUACACUAUCAUGUAUAUCCAAUUACUCGGAACAGAAUUUUCCCAUCUCUAAAC